AGAGGAACCAAGGCAGGAUGAAGAAACUGCUGGUGCUUGUGCUGUCUCUCACCUUGCUGACUUUCUUCCCAGAGGCCUCCCCCAUUCUGAAGGAAAAGGAGGCCAAACAGCUCCUGAGAUCCCGGCGACAGGAUCGGCCCAGCAAACCCGGAUUCCCUGACGAGCCAAUGCGGGAGUACAUGCACCACCUGCUCGCCCUGGAGCACCGCGCCGAGGAGCAGUUCCUGGAGCACUGGCUGAACCCUCACUGCAAACCCCAUUGCGACAGGAACAGAGUCCAUCCCGUGUAAGGGGCUUGGGACCAGCCAUGCAAGUAUUUUGUAUGCAACGACCUGAAUAAUGUUGAAACAAGACAAGUCUCCUUCUUUCGUUUGUUGUUAAACUGUGGAAAUGGAUGUCUUCGUAUGUCCUGAAUGCCGGGUGUGCCAAAGUUUGCCUUGGGGAUGGCAAAUAUAUAUCCUGCUUCAUUUCACUAACCUGCAUAAAUCAUUCAAACUAAUAGCUUAAGGUACAGACUCCCCUAAAGCUCUUUCUACCAGUCUGUAAGGGUGGGCAGAACAAGAAUCCUACGUGGGCUGAUGGAGCCGGAGCCUCCAGACCCGGAGUUUGGGGCAGGCUGCCGGUCCUGAGGAAUCUGGGGAAGUCUUGUUCGGAGUAGUGAAGCACACCAUUUGGGGCUGCUGAGAUUUUUAUCAUCUGUUUCUUUUUCCUCUUCUUUUCUGCGCUA